AUGUUUGACUUAAAAUUUAUAGCAAAUAUAGCUUUGACUUUGAUUACACUCACUCAGCCUAUAUUUUAUGAUUCUUUUAUUAGAAAUCUGAUUGUAUAGUUAGCCAUUUUCAUUCCUGUAGCCUGCAUUCCUGCAUAUUUGACAAAGAAGAUGUGGUUUGUUGACAUUGCUUGGCCUUGCGGAUUAACUGCAAUAGCUAUCCAAAUACUGUUCUUUUUCCCAGCUCCCUCCACAUGGCACCGCACUUUUAUUGGAAUUUGCUACCUCUUCUAAGGUGGAAGAAUGUUUUUAGGUGCUUUGGGAAUGGUUUUCAGAGGAGUUUGGUCUCUUAAGAAACCUGAUCUUCCUCGCUACUAAUAUGCCAAAGAUAAAUUUGCUAAAAAAGGAAUGAAUUUAGACCUAAAUAUUUAGAUUGAUGUUUUAACAUAGUGUUUUGCCAAUAUUGUGACAUUGAAUCUUCCUGCAUUUGUAAUUGGAUUAAACCCUGAUACUAACAUUCACUUCUUUGAAGUAAUUUUAAUGAUGUUAUGGUUCACUUCUCUUUAUUUGGAAAACAAAGCAGAUAUGACUAAGAAAUCAUGGUUAGUAAAAUCAACACCAUAAGACAGAACAACUAAAGUUUGUGAUGUUGGUAUGUGGUCAUGGUGUAGACAUCCUAACUAUUUCUUUGAAUGGAUGACAUGGAUAAUCUAUGUUUCUAUGAGUCUUUUCCAUAUUUGGUUUUAUGGAUUAGGUUUAAGUGUUACAAUAAAAUCAUUAAUCAGCUUACAACUUCUAUUUAUACCUGUAGUCAUGUAUAAUUGUUUAGUUUAUUGGACAGGAGCUAAACCUGCUGAGCAUUUUUCUGUUCAAAAGAGACCAGGAUAUGCUAAAUACAUAGAAACUACUCCAUGUUUCUUCCCAAGAUAGCUUCUUUCAUUGCUUGGAAUAAGCUACAAACCUAAAGUAUAAAAAAGUAGUUGA